AUGGAGCAUAUUACAACAGGACAACCAAGUGCUUUUUUUGUUGACGAACCUGGUGGGACAGGUAAAACUUACCUGUAUUGUGCACUAUAUGCAGCUACCAGGGCAAUGGGUAAGAUUGUUCUACCAACUGCUACAUCAGGAAAAGCUGCAUCUAAUAUAGUUACUGUUUCAGCCUUUUGUUGUGUUCCCAAGAAGAGUAGCUUAGAUGCUUUGCUAAAAGAAACUUCUUUAAUAAUUUGGGAUGAAGCUUCAAUGGCAAAGAAAGAGAAUAUUGAAGUUGUCGAUGUGCUUCUGCAUGAUCUGUGUUCUCCAUCUAUUCCUUUUGGUGGGAAAGUUGUUGUUUUUGUAGGAGAUUUUAGGCAAGUCCUCCAUGUUGUACCUAGGAAGUCACUGAAUGAAGCUGUUGAAGCAAGUUUAGUGUCUUCAAAUCUUUGGAACCAGUUUCACAGAUUUAGACUCACUGACAAUAUGAGAGCAAGGACAUAUAGCCAGUUUGCUGAUUUUUUACUUGCCAUGGGGAACGGUCAAAUGCAGAAUGCAGAAAUUGCGCAGAUUCAGUUACCACAACAUGUGAUGAUGCCCUUUCAUGAAUCUGAAGAUGAUUUUGAUAGUCUUAUUGACUUUGUUUUUCCAUAA